GAUCUCAGAUCAUCAUCCCUAGAAUGAAUUGAAAGAAAAAUUGAGAGAAAGAAAGAAAUACACACUUUACUGAUUUUAUCCAAUUUUUAAUUUAAAAUGGAUUCGUCUAUUGUCAGUUUUACCAAUGAUGCCACAUUCCAAAGUACAUUGAAAGGAGACCAUAACAAUGUCAGUGUUCAUGAAUUAGCACUUCACGCUAUGAGGGAUCGCUGUUUGCUGCUACAAAAAAGAAUCAACGCAUUAGAAAGUGAUAAUAUGCGUUUAAAGCUAGAUUAUACGAAGGCUACAGAGACCAAGCCUUACAUUCCUUUGCAAGAAGAUGAAAAGUCUGCCCUGUUACAGAAAAUAGCCGAACUAAAUCGACAAAAAUCGCAAUUAAUGCAUCAUGUUUUUAUGGUUUCAUGUGAGAAUAAAAAUUUGUGGACCAAAAUUUCAUCUAAUAAAAUUAAUAACAAAGAUUACAACAAGCAACCUUUGUUACGCACUGAGACAUACAUUCAUAGUACUCCGAAAAGUAGUGCUAACUAUCAAGAAAAAUAUUCAGAGUCCAGCUUAGAAGAAAUUUCAUUAAAGCUAAUCAAUAGUUAUAUUGAAGAAAAAUCUCAGCUGGUGAAGCAGUAUGAACAAUUGACACAACUUCAAAAUGAAGACGAUCAAUUUUUGAAUGUGGACUCAAUCGGUUUUAAUUACAUUGAAGACCCAGCUAUGAAUUCCCUAAAAGAAAUUCAUAUCCAAACAGAAAAACUACUCAAUCUAAAGAAAGAAGUUGCUCAACAGGAAUCUGAUCUUAAAUUAGUUAUUUCUAAAAUUGAAGAGUUCUUGAAAGAUGGUUAUAAAUGUUCUACAUGUGUAACAAGAAAUAAUGCGAAAAUAAUUUCAUCAGAACACAAAGAAAUAGAAACUAGUGAUAGCUUAGCCAAUUGGGCAACUCCAGUGGAAUCUACCAAUUAUAAUUACAAUGAUUUAAACUCAUCAGCUUUCAAGAAAAACCAGGAUGAAAACAAUGUCAAAGAAGACACUGUUGAUAAAAUAUGUCCUAUGUGUGGCCAACAAUUCCCAAGAAAUGUAGCUUUUAAUGAAUUUCAAACCCAUGUUGAAAAUCAUUUUAUUGGUGAAAGUGACCCAGAUUCCGUUAUUAUAGAUAAUUUUGAAAAUGUACCAACUUCUUUUGACAACAUUAUUUAAUUUAUAUUUUUUAUCACUAGAAAUAAAUAAAAAAUAAGAUAGACUU